AUGUUUCAUUUAUAAUUAAAACCUACAAAACUUGAAAUAUCUCCAAGAGAAGAAUAGGCUUUACCUGUUUAAGAGAAAAAAAUUAGUACUAAAAAUUACUAUGAUGUUAAAUAUGAAGUUUUAAGAUAAAAUAAAGCAUUGGCAUUAACAUCUGCAUUGAGUAAGAUGUUUAAUAGAAGAAUAAAAAGAUUUUUUGGUAGAAUUAAUAAUUCAGAACAAGAAAAUACUAGAUUUUUAGAUUACCCUUAAGUUGUUUAUUUAUCAAGUUUAUUUUAUUCUAUAAAAAAAGUUUUAGAAUAAAAUAAACAAAAAAGAUAUCGACAAUAACAAAAGAAAUUAAUGAGUUUANCAAAGUCACAGUUAAAAAUUGUAUCAAAAGAUCUCUGA